UUUACGACGCAUUCUUGCCGGGACAAUGACUGGCGUGUUGGCGCUUUCUUUUGGGCGUCCGAUAACCUGUCGCUCUCUCCGUAUCUUCCGCUGCAGGCUGCGAUCGCUCCCCGCCUAAGUGGUGCACUGAGCAACCGUCCUGGCUUCCCGUCUGCGCAGCUUCGGUCAGACCACCGCCUGGACCACGAGAGUCGGCUGUCUGGAUGGCAUAGCCAACAUGGAGCUACUACUGCCGCCACCGCCUUCACCACCAUCGCCACUGCAUUGGGCGCUAGCAGCUCUGUGUACCUGCUGCUUCUGGCAUUUAGCACGCUCGUUUCAGCAGGUCUGCUACCUGGUGGCGCCGACCAACUCGACAGAUUCGCUUCCCAUCGCCUCGGUGAACGUACAAAUGUGCAGCCACGUCAUCAUGGGCUUCGGCACCGUCGACGAAGACGGUAGCAUCAACUUGGACGCGCUCGGUGGCCCCCAGGGACUGGCCUCACUGGUCACUCUGCGAAAGCGCCGACCGGACAUCAAGCUUAUGAUCUCCAUCGGAGGUGGAGGCGGCGAGGGCAACUUCAGGACCAUGGUGUCCAGUGCCGACAGCAGAUGGAGGUUCAUCGCCUCGGCGAUAUCAGCACUGCGAGCGGCUCGCCUGGACGGACUCGACAUCGACUGGGAGUUCCCCAAGCUGCUGGAUGCCGCUCGCUUUUCACGCCUACUCAAGACGGCGUACAUGGAGUUCAAGAAGGAAGCCUACUUGCCCCUGCUGCUGUCCGUUGCGGUGCCUGCUCAAAGCUUGCUUGUCAUUGGCGCAUAUGACGUAUACUCCAUGGCCAGGUCCGUGGACUUUGUGAACCUGAUGACGUACGACUUGAACAUCUAUAACUGGUACACGCCCUGGGUGCGUCAUAACAGCCCUCUUUUUCCUAACGCCAACGAUGCGCCGUACUUCAAUACGCUCAACGUGGAGUCUAGCGCCAAGCUGUGGGCGUCGCUGGGCAUGCCGAAGUCCAAAAUCAUGGUGGGCAUUCCGACCUACGGACUGUCGUGGGUGCUGCGCGACUCCGGCCGCUGGACGGUCGGCUCGCUCGCCUCCGGUCGCGACAAGCACGGCGGCGGAUUCGUCACUUACGCCGACGUGUGCAGGUUGCUGAAAAACGGCGCUCACCGGGAGUACGACCCCGAAGCCAUGGUGCCUUACCUGCACCGAGAAAAACUGUGGGUCAGCUAUGAAGACCAGCAGAGCGUCGCAGUCAAGGCGUCGUGGAUUGUGAGCAACGGCUACGGAGGCAUCAUGACUUUCAGCCUCAACGCGGACGACUGGGCCGGAGUCUGCGGCGACGGACGCUUUCCCCUGCAGAGGAGCAUCGCGAGCGCGGUUACAUUGGAGAAGGCAGUAGUGGCUGGCCUCGAGGCUACACCUUGAGACCUGUGCCACGUCCAGGAAAGUAUGAGCGUGCCGACUCAACGCGUCCGGGUGUCUUUUUUUUUUUUUUUAGCAGCUUCCUCCUCAUCAGUACCCUACGACCACAUGUAGGCGUUGUUAUUCUUUUUUCCGUCUAGAACUCGGUCGAACAGCCCGCGAGUGUUGACGGAGAGACAGCUAUAGAGGCGGUCACUAGUUUUCCGAUCCAGUGGUUGCCUUUGUGCUUUAGUUAAGCGACUUCGUUGAAGUUCGUUCUGCCAAGGCGUGCGAACCGUACGAGAAUUUAUGUUAAGGUCGAGACGAACAUAACCGGUAAGAAGGAUGAGCCGUAACAACGCCGAGUAGGGAUGGCCGCGAGUCACGUAAUGUCAUAGUACAAUGACAGUACCACUUCACCUACAAGGCCGAAAAGCGACGUUAACGUGUGAUAACGUGUGAUAUAUUUUUUCGUUUUGGGCAUACACGUGCCAGAAGUGCAUAAGAAUUCCUCUAAGCGGGCCAGCCACAGCUUUGGUCUUGAGCGCAGCAGUGGACUAAGUACAUUUGGCAUAGACCUUUCCAAUACAUGGCGAUGACAGCGGAUACAAGCAGAGUCUUUCCAGGCCGCGAAAAGUUUUCAAUGGCGCUCUAAUAUUAUCGACUACGAUACAAGUCGCCCGCUGCGCUCUCAUCAUGGUCGGCAUUCAUGGAGAUACGAGGAAUGCAACUCGAGAAGGCCGUAGACCGACAGAACACGAUUUUUUUUCUCUUUUAGGACCAACCGCAUCUAACUUUUAGGCCAUAAAUUCAAAGAAUGGACGAGAGUAUGUAAAUUACUGAGUCAUGUUUUUAGUAGAAUUUGCGUAUCGUCAAGCUUUUUUUCUACUUCAUCGGACCUUCCCUUCGCCAGCUGUUUAUUUUCACGUGUAUGCACCGACGAACACGCACAUCAUCCCAUUUCCGCAAUCAUAUCCCCUUGUAACGGUCGUGACUUACCGUGUGUGCCCCCUGGCAUCCUUCACAUCAACGCAUCUCGUGUUACGAUUGCGCACAAGAGGCCAGCCCAAAUACGCACGCUUUGUUACUGUAUACGCGAGGGAGCGUCAUGACAUCACAACCUUUCACCUCGUGACACGCGUUGCUGACAAGAAAGACGGCGCAAGCUCUUUUUCUGCAAGCAAGGCGCACAUUUGAAUGUCAUCAAAGGCAUGCCAUCUUGAGCUACGUUAUAAUGAUCUGAUUUUCUCGAAACAUCCUUUUCACUCUGGCCUCUGUCAUUGAGUAAAAAAAAAACUGACAAAAACUA